CCCUCUCUCUCUCUCUCACACACACGCGCAGAAAAAUUCAAACUAAUGGCGCAGCGAGUGGACCUGGACGGAAAGCCAGUGGCGGCGAUGUCAAUAUGCAUGAUCGGGGGAGGAGGGUUCAUCGGAUCUCAUCUGUGCGAGAAGCUGAUGGCAGAGACGUCACACAAGGCGGUGGUGGUGGACGUCUCCUCCGAGAAGAUCAACCACCUGUUGAGGGAGUCGAACCCGUGGUCCAGCCGCAUUGAGUUCCACCACAUGAACAUCAAGAACGAUUCGCGCCUCGAAACCCUCAUCAAAGCUUCCGAUCUCACAAUCAACCUUGCCGCAAUUUGCACUCCCGCCGAUUACAACACGCGCCCCUUGGAUACCAUCUUCAGCAAUUUCAUCGAUGCUAUUCCAGUGAUUAAGUAUUGUACUGAGAACAACAAGCGUUUAAUCCAUUUCUCUACCUGCGAGGUUUAUGGCAAAACCAUAGGUAGCUUUCUCCCUGAAGAGUUUCGCAAGGAUCCUAAAUACUAUAUGCUAAAGGAAGACGUCAGUCCUUGUAUAUUUGGUCCAGUAGAGAAGCAGAGAUGGUCUUAUGCCUGUGCAAAGCAAAUGACCGAUAGGCUAAUAUAUGCUGAGCAUGCGGAGAAUGGCCUCAAGUUCACAAUUGUGAGACCCUACAACUGGAUUGGCCCAAGAAUGGACUUCAUUCCUGGUGUGGAUGGACCAUGUGAUGGUGUCCCCAGAGUUCUAGCUUGCUUCAGUAAUAACCUCCUUCGUGGUGAGCCACUCAAACUUGUUGAUGGCGGAAGAUCACAGCGAACCUUUCUCUACAUCAAGGAUGCUAUUGAGGCUGUUCUGUUAAUGAUUGAUAAUCCUGAAAGAGCAAACGGACAGAUAUUCAAUGUGGGAAACCCAGAUAAUGAAGUAUCCGUGAAGGAACUAGCUGAGCUUAUGAUACAGGUUUAUGCAAAGGUGGCCGGUGUACCUUCUUCUAGCCUAUCAACUCUGGAUGUGAGCUCAGAGGAAUUCUAUGGUAAAGGCUAUGACGACAGUGAUAGGCGCAUUCCUGACAUGACAAUCAUCACCAGGCAGCUUGGUUGGAAGCCGAAGACACCUCUUGAUAAGCUCUUGGAUGAUACCCUCCAAUAUCAACACCAGACAUAUUCUAGUGCUAUCAAGAAAGUACUUUCAAAACCGUCUAAUUGACUGCAAGAACCUUUUCUUGAAGAUUCAGUUUUUCUUUUAUGUAAACACAUCACUGCUAUGAGAGGCAAUUUUAUGUCUAGUGUACAUGCUGCAGUAGUUGAGAUAUUAUAUGGACCACAAGAAAGGGUAUAUCUUUAGUCUCAGUUAAUUCUUUCUUUCUAGGGCUAUCGUUGAACUCGAUGUUUUACUGAAAUUUUGCUAAUGUUGAGUAAAAAGAUGUACCAUCUGCAAUUUCCAACAUGUAUUAGAAUACAUAGACUUUGUCUUAUUAUUAGUUUUGGUGGUCAGUUUUUUUCUCACGAUUGAUAUACAUUAAAUCAAGAAAUUACCCUGAAGGCAAGAGAU